UUGCUAGUCCGAUUUGACGUUUCGGUGCAAACGCAUGUGUGCGGGUUGCUUGGUUGUUGUUUUCGCCGGAUUUUCGGUUUUUUUUGCGCGCGCGUGAUUUUUCGCGUUCGUUGUUUGUUGUUUGGCGAUGCUUCGCGUUUGAUCGUCGCGUCAGAGAGCCUACUGAGACUGAGGGCGGCGAGGCGACGACGUUAGAUGUUUUGUUUGGGGUGGCACACGCGCGCGUGUGAGUGUGUGUGCGCGCGGGGAGCUUCAGAGUGGGAGGGAAAAUCCGAGCCACCCUUGCGGAGAUAAAAUGAGAGAGAAAGAGUUGGCAUGACUCCCCGCCAGCCAGUACAGCCUACUGAGCGAGCUUUUUCCGCUUGCCGACGGUGAGGAGGACACCGUCUUUUUUUUUUGCUUUUUUCGGGGGGUCCAGCGACGGAAGCUCCGGAAGAGACGAAGGUUGCGCCUCGGCUAUCUAUUUGAUUUUUAUAACUUUAUUAAUUAGUGUUGUUCGAGUCGAACGAUGAUAGAUUGACAACAGGGGCGAACUGCUCUCGCUGUAUUUGUGCGACCGUCCAGUUUUCGGCUCACCGACUGUAGCGUAGUGGUGUGAGCUUGAUUCGCCAGCCGGUAUCCGGUUCGAUACUAUACUGUGACAGCUCCCUGAUAGUCAGGCCAUAGUGCUCGCGGAUUGUGGCCGCGCUUACGGAACCGCUGUCUCGGAUCUCAAACCAACCCCACGGGACGGUCUCUCGCGCGCGCGUUUAGUAGUGUUGGCGAAGGGGUGCGUGCUAAUGAGAAAGGAUAUCAUCUGGCUAACCACCCGCUUCCCUUUCCCUCCCUCCACCCGGAAAUCGGAAAAGUGUGUACGUGUGUGUAACAGAGAGAGAGAGAGAGAGAGGGGGUGAAGAUUCGGGGGUGACCACACCGACAAUCAAUUAGCCCGGAAGUCCGGAAGAAAACCAAGAAGAGAGAUUCUGUGUGUGUGUGAAUGUUUGUUGAUGUAUUAAUGAUUGCAGCCGGGAAAACAACAAAGUAGGCUGACAAAUUAUGACAAAAAUGCAAAUGCAGCGUGAGAUGUGCAGCAAUGAGGGGACAAGUGCAUCGUGACCAGUAGGCGAGACGAGACAAAGUGUGUAACGAGGCACGAUUGCUGCGAUUGGAGAAGAAACAUUGUCGGGGGAGAUUCGCAAUUGCCGUCGGCAAUUGCAGUUUCGCAGUGUGCUUGGAUUGAAUUGUUGUGUUGAAUUGGGCUGGGCAAUGCAAUUGGUUGAAUUGAUGUAGUUGAAUGAGAACGAUAUUUGUUAUUUGCCGACGGAUAAAUGAGUGACAUAAAAACUUGAACAAGUUAUUCGCGAAAAAUCAGUGAAACCAUGUGAAGUUAGUGCAAAGUUAAAAAUUCGAAAAAGAACACCAUCGCACACUGGUACUCAACUGGUGCCGAUUAUGCCGCUUUUGGUCGUCCAGCGGAGUGCGCAUGGAGUGGCAUUAGACCACCAAUUCAAUCACUGCUUUUAUCAGAAGCCAUCAAAAGUGAGCCCGCCGCCGCCUACUAGGACGACGCCGACCAAGACUGCGACUGCGACAGGCCACGUCCAAUUUACCAAAAUAGAAGAACCAUUAUCAGCCGUGGAUCAGCAGGCGCUGGAUUUCACCAUGUCCAAAUUUAAAGCCAGCUCCGCUGCCUCGACCGCGGCCACCCGCCAUCCGCUGUAUCGGCAGUUUUACGGGGCCGGUGGCGGAGGAGGGGGUGGGCCGGAUGAGUCGCCACCGUACGAGAAGAACCACGAGGAACAAGAUAACAGCGAUAGUGAAAUCCGAGAUAAACCGUACGGGAAAAUUUGGUUAAGUAAUGAAGCCCAAUGGCAUCAUCCGGUGGCGCUGGGUGCCGUCGGUCAACCGUCACAGCCUCUGCUGCCGCCUACGAUGACCCCGGUCGGGUUGAACCUCAACGCACAGCCGCCUCCGGCGACCACAUCGAUUUCACAGCACACCGGAAUUCCGGACAGUCUGCUAACCAUCCGGGAAAUGAUGCUCCAAAAUCCUAGCCUGGGGCUGCUAAACGAGAGCAAUUUGCUGCUCAAAAGAAGCAUGCUGGAGAACAUGCCGUCCGGCGGCUCCCUUGGGGCAUUCCCACUCGGUCCGAAUCCGUUAAUGCAUUCGACGACGAUCAAGAAAGAGUCCACCGAUGAAUCCGACUGCAACGAAAUGAACCUCGACGAACGAACAGCCCGAUCUUCGUCACCCCAAUUCACACAUCAUCAUCAUCAUCAUUCCAUCCAUUCGCGACACGGUCAUCUCCCGAUGGCCGCGUUCCACCGUUCAUCCCCAACCUCCUCGAUGCAACCGGUGGCCAACCCGGGACCACCCCCUCUACUUCCACCCCACCACCAACACCACCACCACCACCACCACUACCAACAACAACAACAUCAAAGACAUCAAAGAGACUCCGAAGAACGUGAAUUGAAUUUCAAUGCAAUGCCGCCGUCAAGGCCUUCUUCGAUUCACCACCACCAGGCAGAACCGUCACCGACGGUGGCCAGUUCCCAGCAGCACCAGUCGUCGUCGUCGUCGCCCCACGCGAUGAAAGGGGAUCCCGAUCCAAACCAUCAGCAUCAUCAUCCUCAUCACCAUCAUCACCUGCAGCAGCAUCAGCGUCAUCACUUUGAUCGACGGAAUGACGAAGACGUGGGUCGUGGUGGCGGUGAAGAUGAAGUAGGCGGUGGCAAUGAGCAUCAGCUUGAGGAAAAGGACGUGGACAUGAAUGGUGGACGCGAAAGGAGUAAGGAACAGGAGCGGGAGGAGGGCGAAGAGGCAAUCGCAGCAAGCCGGGAUCGACUGGAGGCGGUGGCUCCCAUGAAGGGAACUAUUUCGGUGAAGAAGGAACUGGAUCUAAGCAGGCGGAAGUCAGCGUCACCUGAUAUCAGCCGCCUCUCGAAAUCGCCGUCUCCACCUCCGUCACAUGACGAUGCCUACAGUGAUCGGGACGAUGGAAGCGACCGUGACCACCUGGCGAGUCCGAUUCCGACGGAGCGUCCGGAUCGUGUAACGCCGCUUAAUUUGAUUACUGACUCAACCCGGCGGACUCCAUCUCCGGGUCAGCUGCACCCGCAGCAGCACACCCCACCGGGCGUUCCUCCCGGAAGCGGCGGCAACCUUGGAGUCGCUCUAGCCGCGCUCCAGAACCAGCUGCCGCUGGGUUCGCUCUUUCUGCAGAAUCAGCUGGGCCUCGGUACGCUCGGAGGUCUCUCCAGCCAGGAGCUAAACGUCCUCCAGCAGGCCCUCCAAGCCCAGCAGGCGUCCUUCCAGCAACAACUCCAAAACUACAUGCUCAUGCAGGCGCAGGGCAAUGCCGCGGCGUCCACCGCCGGCGGAAACGGCAACGCUGCGGCUCAGGCCACGGCCCAGGCCGCGGCCCAAUUUCUCAUGCAAAAUCAGCUGACCGCCAGCUAUCCCUCUCCGUCUCAGUCCAUUACUAACACCGGUGGUGGGACAGUUCCUUCCACCAUUACGACCAACACCACCAACAGUAGCAUUGCUAACAUCCCCAAUACUAACAUACCCAAGCUACCCACCCUCGAUGGACCACGAUCGUUGCAGGUCCAGCAAGCGGUCGCCCAACUGCAAGCCCUCCAGCAGAAGCAGCAACAGCUCAAAGCAACCAGUUCCACGCCGACCGCCGCCACCACCAUGUCCGGAUCCUCCCCCCUCCACAGCCCCGCCGGAAGCCCAGGCCUCCACCCGCACCACCAUCACCACCACCACCCGUCCUCCUCCCUCCUCGGCUCAAACCAAACGACCCCGCCCAACGUGAACCAACUCCAAGGCGUCGGAGGCAUCCUCACCCCCUCGACCCCCUCUUCCGGAACGCACACUCCCCAGAUGCAAAAGCACCCGGCCGCGCCCCGUGCCCUCGAACCGUCCCCCGAGGAAACCACCGACCUGGAAGAGCUCGAACAGUUCGCCAAGACGUUCAAGCAGCGCCGGAUAAAGCUCGGAUUCACGCAGGGCGAUGUGGGCCUCGCGAUGGGCAAGCUGUACGGAAACGAUUUCUCCCAGACGACCAUUUCGCGCUUCGAGGCGCUCAACCUGAGCUUCAAGAACAUGUGCAAGCUGAAACCGUUGCUGCAAAAGUGGCUCGAGGAUGCGGAUAGCAGCAUCCAGAACCCGGGCGGCCGCAUGUUCAGCCCGAGCGCCCUCACCAACACGGCAACCACCCCGGAAAUCGUGGGCCGCCGGCGCAAGAAGCGCACCUCGAUCGAAACUUCCGUCCGCGUCGCCCUCGAGAAGGCCUUCCUGGUCAACAGCAAACCCACCAGCGAGGAAAUCACCAGCCUCGCCGACAGCCUCUGCAUGGAGAAGGAGGUGGUGCGGGUGUGGUUCUGCAACCGGCGCCAGAAGGAAAAACGGAUAAACCCCCCGGGCAUGGAGAGUCCGACGCACUCGAGCGGCAGCAGCGAAAUGUUCCAGCUGCCGAGUGGCGGCGGAGGUGGUUCGGGAGCGGGUGGACCACAUUUGUACCAUCCGUCGUCGAUGAGCGGGGUUGGGGGUGGCGGGAUUAAGCAGGAAUGACUAGGCGGCAGCUGCGGCGAAUCGACCACGACGACGAUGGACGACGACGGGUCGCGUUCGCCACAGCACCACUUUCAUCACAGCUUCACCGGCGCCAGUGGACCGUUUCUGAUUUGAAGUGAUCGCACUUCGCCCUCCAGACAUAUCACCGAUCGAAAUCAACGUGGAGAUCCGUGAAACACGCAACUUCUGAGAAGUUGUGACCCUCCAGUGUGGUUCCCCUUCCUCCUGUCCCCUUGAGCAUGAGCUAAAAACUCUUAUUUAUUGGAUUUAAAAGUGGAUAUUUACAUUAAUGUGUUCUGUAAAGCAACAAGAGAACGCGCGAACGAGAAUUAACUUUAAUUAAAUCAAUAUUAGUGUCGUAAGAGUGUAAGAGUAAAAUAAAAAAAGAAAAAACCCCUUAAAGUAGUUAAUCGAGAGAAAACGAGACAAACGAUAUCAUUCCAAAAGAAGCUUUAAGCAUGCAUUACGAUUUAGUUCUCAAUAUUUCUUCUAACACGUGGUUUCCAGGGCGGGUAGAUCGCAGCAAGCCACGUGCCAAUGCUUUCUGGGAAGCCUCUCUCCCUCUCUCGGCGAGAAGCUUCUCACAAACCAUUAUAAAGCACUAGUAGGCUCUGACAGUUCUUGGUUCAGACCUUCAAACGUACUUCAUCGAACAUUCCUCCCCCAGCUUGCUUCGAUCAACCCCCCAUAAAACCCCCUUUCGCUCUGUAAAUAUUCCCAGCAAAAAAAAACUAAAUGUCUAACAUUAGUUGAAACAAAACGCUCUUUUCUGUACGAAAUAAAUCUGUAAAAUUGUGUAUUUAAUCUGUGUAGAAAUAAUCGUGUCCCGACCUCAAACUCAAAUCUCCCUCGUUCCUUUCUUUCUAAUUUUUCCACUCGACACAGCAUGAAAGCAGUAUGACACAGUAAAUAAUUAGUAGUAAAUCGAACGACCUGAUCGAAUUUUGUGCAAUUUGCAUACCGGUUUCCUCUCUGUGUAGUGGUGCAUUCUCUCCUCUAAUCUUAAUUUCUCUUUUUUUCCCAACCCCUCCUAAAUGUGACGCAAUGCCAACGAGAAGCAUUCCUAAAAAAGUAAAAGUUGUGUUUAGUUUAGUUAAAAUUGCACCCCCCCUUUUUUUGGUUUUGUUUCGUUCACACUCACUUAUCCGGAUAGUCGCGUAAAAAAACAGUAUCAAAGAUGUAUACUAAAAACUUGUACUAUUUAACGAAAUUGUAACGUUUAGGCCAGACAAAAUGAACUUUGUAAAAAAGAAAAAGAAAACUAAAUUUAAUGUUAAGACUAAAAACAACAACAACACACACAUAUAUCCAAAGAAGUAAAAGAAAUAAUCACUACUAAAGCUAACUCUUAAGGAAAACAACAAAUCAACAAAUGUUUCGACAAAAAAAUAAACGAAAAACACACAAUAAAAAGUCAAAGCAACAUGUAACUUAUUUCUACGUAUCACGUUGAGAAAACAAAACAACUCACAAAACAUAAUUCUAGAGGCUUGAUUUCCACUCAAAACAUUUUCCUCAACCGAACUAAACUAAAAAAAAAACGAGCGAACGAGCGUAAAAAGAGUAAGAAAACAUGAAAAAAUAACAUACGAGAGAGGAGACUCUCCCAGUCUUCCAGUCAGUUAAAACAAUGAUCGCGAAAAAUACAGAACGAGUAGAGUUAUUUUUUCUAAGUAAGUUAAACAAAAACAUUCAAAGUAACGGAUUGAUGUUCCUAACAAAAAACGGCGUGAAAAGACACACACACACUCAUCGGCACAAAUUGUUAACAAGAAAAAGUUAUUUUUCGUCUAUUUCAGUUGUUAUGUUGAAAACAGGAGACAGGUGCGAAUUAAUUUUGCGCGAAAGCUAAAAGUGUCAGUUGAAGCAUGAUUUUUGUCUAUGUAUUUAGUUUUUGUCUUCAAUUUAACGGUAUUAAGUAAAUGCAAUGGUGUACAUAAUACGAUGAAGGAAUUAUGAAAAGAAACAUAAAAUCAACUAUAAAUAAAGAUCUAGAUGAAUAUGAGUAAUAAAUAUUGAUUUACAAUUGAAAA